UGCAAACCCUGCACUAUUAAGAAAACCUGUUAAUAUCAUCCACAUAAAUUCAGUCAGGUUUGUAACCUUCAGACCUCCUCCCCAUCCCUUUCAGAGGAGGAAAGGUGCACUGGAGCAAAGGAUACUUCAGAAUCAGUCCACGUACAUCAUUAUUGCACUGCAGUCAGGUUAAAACCAAAAACCUGGACUGUUGUGACCAAAAAGCAAACUGGCCAAUGAGAGGCCAGAAUGUACAGGAGAGUUUUAGUGCGUGAGGAGAGAUGGGAGGAGGCAGGGAGGGAGAGGGAGGUGCUGUGGCUGCUUAGGGCUGCUCACAGCAGGGAGUCUGGUUGCGUUGCAGUCCUGCUCUGUCAGCUUGAUGUGCUGCUAGCUUCACAAACUGCACCACGUCCAAGCUUGCCUUCCUGUCUGACUGUUCCGAGGCUUCCACAGAGACCGCAGCGGUCGGGUCUCUCUCUCAAGACUGGGUCACUGUCAGGUCUCUCUAUCUCUGCCAGCACACCCAGCUAGCACCAGCUUACACAGACCACCCGUCCUACAAUGGGGUGCCAGCUCUCGGGACUCUGGCUGGGCUUGGGUCUCGGGGUGAACAGGGCGGAGCUCUCCCCAGCCAGCCAAAGGGAAGCCCUGCAGGUCCUGCGGAACGCCGACGAGCCAAUCACGCUGCAGAUAGAUGACAGGAUGCCCCGCCCUCAAGGAGCACAGACGUCAGAGUGCAGCACCCAGACUGAGCGGCCAUGGGGGAGUUUGAGGGGUCUGGGGGUCCCCAUGGGGGGAUCGUCUAGACCCAGUCCUGGCAACGACAGCUUCAGGUCCUGCUUCAAUCACUACCCGUCACAUGACCCUGUCAAUGGCCCGGACUACCUUCCCAGCAUCCCCCACGACGUGGAAAACACAGACAGACUCGGAUUCCGAGACCCCAGGCUGUCUGGGAUGGUGCCUGAGGGAAAGGACUUUCUGACUGGCUGCUGCCGCCCCAGCAUAGAAAAGGCAGGGUGCUUCUUGAGCCAGACGGAGGACGAGGACGCAGUGUUUGAGAAGCCCCCCCUAUCGCCCCCCACCCUGCACGAGCUGGACAGCGGGCUGGGCUGCACCGACGGGAGCUUCCACCAGGGGGAGCUGUCCGGGCUGGAGACGGAGGAAGGGGCAGAGGAGUCAGGCUCAUCCCCGCUGGACCGGACCAGCCGUGACACCCGCUCCUCCGAAUCCCUCAUCUCCUCGGAGCUCAGCGACUCGGGCUUCUACAGCGUGAGCACCGGGGAGUUCCGCCGCUUUCACAAGGUCCUGGAAAAGAAGAUCAGGCAGUACCGAGCCAAGACGACUCCCGGGAAGAUCCCCAAGCACACAGCGGGCAAAAAGGACGACCUGGAGUCCAUUCCGGAGGCUCUGACCUACCAGCGGCAGGAGCCACAAAAUAAGACGACACAAAACAAUAGCCCGGUCUGUCUCACGGGAGCGUCCUCCGUGCAUUACAGAAAAGCAGACAGUCCAUGCUUCAGCAGUUACAGCUCCCUGAGUACGGUGCUUUCUCCCAACGCCGGGACCUCCUCCAUCUGCAGCUCCCCCUACAGCCCGAACCAGGCAGUGUGGCUGGGUGGCACGCCCGCGGAAUUACUCAGGAGGAACCUUCAGCGCGGUGUGCAGAGUGUGAGAGGCCACCAGGUCACAACCCAGGAGGUGCAGUACCGGAGCAACACAGAAGAGCUGCCCACGAGGAGGUCUGUAAUGGACUGUGCCGGGGAACACACCGAAGGGCAUGGGGAUCUUGUGGGCAGCCAGCGGCAACAGAGGAUAGUUGCGGACUGCAGGGAAAAACUACCUACUCGGGAAAGCAAGGUCUCCAGCAGGUGCAGGCUGGGAAAAGCGACCGCAGAGGUCACAGAGAGACUGGAAGAGCCCAGCCCCGGGGCUCCAGCUUGCAAGCAGAAGCACAAAUCAACACCCGUCUGCUCCCAGAACCUGGGCAUUAAAGCCAGCCAGGAGGCGAGUCUGGACUGCGGUCACGGGUCUGGGCAAAAGCCAAUCAGGCACUGCCAGGACCCCUGCAGCGUCCGGGAAGGAGAGUUCGCAUUCCUAGGCUGCCGGAAGGGGGCCCCCAACGCUCGUGUUUUGAGGAGCCAGCUCUUGAAGGCAAGGGCCCUGAGGCUGGCGGACGAGCGAGGCGGAGGAACAACCGACGAAGACGCCCGCAGCGAGGCGAGGGCGGGACGGUACUGGAGCAGGGCGGACCGCAGGCGGCACCUGGCGUUAGCCAGACGGAGACGGAUGAGCCGCUGCAGCGAGAGCCGCAAGGAGACCCGCACUGCCGUCCUGGAGCUGAGCCAGAGGAAACUGAACCGGCUGCACAACAAGAAGGUGCUGGACAACUGGACCACCAUCCAGGAGCUGCUGUCGCACGGCUCGAAGGCCAGCCCAGGGGCAGAGGGGCAACUCUGCAGCACAGCCCUGCUGUCCGUCACAACUGUGUAGCAGCAGGUUCAAUUCAAUCGACGAGAGGCAGGGGGGUGAACGAGGAAUCCAUACUGAGCAGUGCAAGGGCUACGGACUGAAAACCUACAGCAACAAGUAGAGAUAAGAGGCCACUGUCUGACAGAAAGGACGUCAAGACAAGCAAAAUACUAGCAUAGUGAUCGACAGGACUGCUGCGGCAGACCAAGUCUACAAGGAUCACACGUUAUGCGUGCACCACACAUCGAAAUGAUCUGAAUCCGUUCCUCGUUGCUCAAACACAUUUCAACCCUGAAAGAAACAGACGCAACCGAUAUAUUAAGUUUCGCCUACGAUGCUUGACUUACGGGGCAGAGCGUAUUUAGGUUCUGUUUCUUUUGAAAGGAUUGACCAAGUAAGAGAUCUUGUUGCAGGCGACCAGCUGUUUCAAAGGAUCCAGUCGCUUUCAGAAAGGAUUCGCUCGAAAGGACUUUACAAUGACAACCUGUGUUCCGUGCUUUCGUUUUUUUUUUUUAAUGUUCAUGUUUUUUUUUAAAUUCAUGUAUAUUUGGCUGUUAAAACAUAUUUUAUUUGAUUAAAUAAAAAUACAUACCACGAAAAAUAGAAACAUAUCUAUCACAUCUUUCAAAUGACUAUUAUUAGUUUUCAUUAUGAGUUCACAUUUGCUUUAACACAUGUAUACACUAUAAUCAGCGAUGGUUUAAUAUUCUAUACAUUUAUGAUUCAUAAUUGCUGGCAUCUUUCUUUAAAAACACACCACCAUGGAUUCAGAAGGCUGAAUCUGCUGUUUCCUGCCUUGUACCUGAAGCUGCAGCACACUUCCUGGUGAGACCUCAUUCCGACCUCUGACCUACUAAACAGGAAAAGAUAAGGUACCAGGAAGAAGCCAUUUAAAAUGUUGUGUUGUAUU